AAAGUGGUGAGGGAGACAAGUUUUGAGAUAGCUGGGAAAAUAGAUCUUAGAAAAUCAUCCUGGAUGAAUGGAUUUAUGAUGUACAGCCGCAUACAUCGCAAGCGUUUCAUCAAGUUAGUAUACAUUCUUGUGUAGAUUUAUGAGACUAAAUGCUUUUGUUAAAUUAGAAAACAAAUAUUGUAGGUGAAUGAGCAAAUAAUAAGUAACUGAAGUAAGUGAGAUAUUUAUUGACUCAUAUUUUGACAUCAUUUAGCUCACUCGAUCAAUAUUUAAAGUGAACAUUUUCAGACAAAAAAAAUUUGAAAUCAUGUUAGGGUAGAAUUUACCCAUGAAUUUAUUGAUGAGUUGGUUUCAUUAUACCUACUUUUUUGACUGGCAGAGAAAACCCUGGACUUCAAGCUUCUAACAUAAGUAAAAUGAUGGGACAAGCUUGGCGAGGAAUGACAGCUGAGCAACAACAGCCAUACAG